GUCUACUUGUUAAAAGGUCAGGGUCUCCUAUCACUCGCCAGAUUCAAAGGUCUCUACAGUGUCAACUUUCGCGUCCGUUCUUCCUCCCGCGUCCUCUCUCGGGCAGAUCUCCUGCCCCGUACUAUUUCCCGAUGUGGCUUUUUCGGAUCCUCUCGUCGGCCCUCUUCCUGACCGUCACUGUUUCCUCCAUCCCACUGGCUUUCGAUGUGGGUGGUAAGACGUGCGGUUUGGCGUUUUCUCUAUCCCUGGCGACUUUUUACUUCAUCUUUUCCCUCCUGAGGCUCACCACCCCUGAGCGAUCAUGGUUCCGGUCAUCAGUGAUCGUCCUUAUCCGCUCUACGCAAUGGAUUAUUAUACCGAUACUUCUGAUCUGGUCCCUGAAUCGCUUUUCGAUUGAUACCGACAACACGAGUAGUUGGGUGGAACGCACAUUCAGCGGCAAGAGAGCCCAGGAUUCAUCGGUCCAGGAGUGGCUUUUUGGACCUGAUGGACUCAUCGAGACCGUGACUAUUGGUAACUGGUACAAGCUUCUCACAUGGUCGACACCUGUUUUUCAGCUUGUCGAAGGGUUCUGCAGCUUGUUGGUCAUACAAGCGGCAGGGCAGAUCACCCGUUGGCUCGUUAACCGCGGCGGACGAAGUGAUAGCUGGAUGAUUGCCCUUCUAGUACUGUCCGCCUCUGUCAUAUCGAGCUCUGUGUACUUUCUUUGGCGCGUUCUUCAGUUUCCCGAGAUAUCGAAUGUCGAUGCUGCUUUGAUCGGUGUAUCGAUUACGUGUGCUGUGAUUCUGUGCGCCUGGGGUAUUGGCAGUGGCCGUGGCAACCCUGUCGAAAGCUCGCUUCUAUUCGCCUACGUCGUAUUGUGCAUCUAUCAGAUCUUUACCGACUACCAGCCAUCGUACCCAGUUGAGCAGGGCUCUUCGCCCUCUCAGACCGGCGACCUCCCACCCCUUCCACCUAUCAUCAUGGCAUCCUACUCCACACUCAUGCAUGCUUUGUCUUCGCUGCCUUCCAUCAUUCAUGCAGGUUUCAACGUGAUUACUGCCGUCUUCAGCGCUGUAACUCCCUCCGUCCUGAUUUCACUCGCAUACCGUAUUUUCGUUCUGUAUGCAUCCACUCGGAUAAUUCCUGCUGUUCGGGAAUCUGGGGCACGUGCGCUUUCUCAAGAGGCUUCUUUGGACGAUACUGAUGCUGCGGGUCAAUUCUUGGGCUUUUUGAGCUACUUUUCCCCGUCGAUACUCAUCGCUGUUUAUACAAGUCUUCUAAUGCAGCACUUUGCCACAACGUCGCAAGCGAUGGGUGGCAGCGGCCAGUGGUGGAGCAUUCAAGGAGGUGGAGGCGGGAACCUGUGGAGGUGGGUCAACCUCGCCUGCACCCUGGCUCUAUACGCUGUCGAGCUAUGGCUGGGUGAAAACAACGACCUAGAUACUGGAUUAGCUGGGCACUGGAAAACGGACUGAAGUCUCGGGGGUGAGACUUUGGAGUUUCGUGAACUUUUGUCGCAUUUCGAUGCGCACUGGAACUUCAAGGACGUCUAUGAUUGGGAAAGAGUCGCCUCAGCAACGUCAAUAGGGCAUCCGGCCCACUGUUUCGACAGCAUUCCGUGUACCUCAAUAUGGCGACUCGCACUAUACGUUUGGCGCACGAGUUUUCCGGGACGUUCGACCCGACGG